ACCAAAUGGCUCCUACGGAAUUGAAGGAGUUAAAAGUCUAGCUGGAGGAACUCCUUGAGAAAGGGUUUAUACGCCCUAGUGUGUCACCUUGGGGAGCUCCAGUGUUGUUCGUCAAGAAGAAGGAUGGGAGCAUGAGGCUAUGCAUUGAUUAUCGAGAAUUGAAUAAGGUGAUUGUGAAGAACCGGUAUCCCCUUCCUAGAAUUGAUGACUUGUUUGACCAGCUCAAGGGUGCCCAGGUAUUCUCUAAGAUUGAUCUUCGAUCUGGUUAUCACCAGUUAAAGAUUAAACCUGAUGAUGUGCCAAAGACUGCCUUUCGCACCCGUUAUGGUCAUUAUGAAUUCUUGGUUAUGCCUUUUGGCUUAACAAAUGCCCCUGCCAGAUUUAUGGACUUGAGGAAUCGGGUAUUUAGCCAGUAUCUAGACCAGUUUGUGGUUGUCUUUAUUGAUGACAUUUUGGUCUAUUCCUCUAGCCAUGCUCUUCAUGAAAAGCACUUAAGGACAGUCCUCGAGACAUUGAGAAGUGAGAGGCUAUUUGCUAAAUUUAAGAAGUAUGAAUUUUGGCUAGAUAAUGUUGCAUUCCUAAAAAUUCGGAGUUUUAUGGGAUUGGCUGGUUAUUACCGUCAAUUUGUGGGGGAUUUCUCUAGAAUUGCCCAGCCAAUGACUCGUCUGAUCAGGAAGGAUGCCAAGUUUGAGUGGACUCCAGAGUGUGAGGAGAGCUUUUUGACCUUGAAGCAGAAGUUGGUCACUGCUCCUGUACUUGCACUUCCAAUCCAUGGGGAAGGAUUCACCAUAUAUAGUGAUGCCUCUAAAAAGGGUUUAGGAUGUGUCUUGAUGCAGAAGGAUAGGGUUAUUGCAUAUGCCUCUCGGCAGUUAAAGCCUUAUGAAGAAAAUUACCCUACCCAUGAUCUGGAGUUGGCAACCGUGAUAUUUUCACUCAAGAUCUGGAGGCAUUAUCUAUACGGUGAGACUUGUGAGAUUUUUACUGAUCACAAGAGCCUUAAGUAUAUUUUCACUCAAAAGGAGCUUAAUAUGAGGCAGAGGCGAUGGCUUGAACUUUUGAAGGACUAUGACUUGACUAUUAGCUACCAUCCGGGCAAAGCUAACAAAGUAGCAGAUGCGUUGAGUAGGAAGUCCUCUGGCACUGCCUCUAGCAUCCUUGCCACUCAGAAGGAGCUACUUGAGGAUCUUAUGAAACUGGAUGUGGAGUUGAGAAUGGAUAGCACUACGGCUUAUCUAGCCGCUCUCAGUGCACAACCGGCAUUAAUAGAUAAAAUUAAACUUGCCCAGCAAAAAGAUCCUUUCUUGCAGAGGAUGAAGGAAAAAGUAAAAGCCGGGGAACCCCACAUGCAAGAAUUCAGAAUUUCUGAAGAUGAGAUUCUGUGGUUCGAUGACAGGCUGUGUGUACCAAGAGAUCAUGCUUUAAGGCAUGAGAUUAUGGGAGAUGCCCAUUAUAUUAGCUAUACAAUUCACCCAGGUAGCACCAAGAUGUAUCGCGAUUUACGUAGUACAUUUUGGUGGCGGAACAUGAAGAGGGAGAUAGCUAAAUUUGUCUCACAAUGCCUGACUUGCCAAAAAGUCAAGGCUGAACACCAGAGACUUCCUGGAAAACUGCAGCCUUUACCUAUUCCCCAAUGGAAGUGGGAGAACAUCACCAUGGACUUUGUGACUGGUUUACCACGAACCUUAAAGGGUAAUGAUUCCAUUUGGGUCAUCGUUGAUCGAUUGACCAAAUCAGCUCACUUCUUACCCUACCAGACUGGCACCUCCAUAGAAAAGCUUGCCAAUAUGUACAUGGAGGAAAUAGUCAAGCUACAUGGAAUCCCAGUGUCUAUUGUGUCUGAUAGAGAUACCAGAUUUUUAUCUCAUUUUUGGACAAGUUUACAGCAGGCACUCGGUACUCAAUUGAAUUUCAGCAUGGCCUUCCAUCCUCAAAUUGACGGGCAAUCUGAGAGAACUAUUCAAAUACUUGAGGACAUGUUGAGGGCUUGUGUUCUAGAUUGGAAGGGUUCGUGGGACCAACACUUAUCCAUGGCCGAAUUUGCAUACAAUAAUAGUUAUCAGUCUAGCAUCCGCAUGGCGCCAUUUGAGGCUUUGUAUGGUCGAAGGUGUAGAUCACAUGUUUGUUGGACGGAAGUGGGUGAAAGGAGUAUUUUAGGCCCAGAAUUGGUGCAGCAAUCUUCUGAGAUUGUGCAAUUGAUCAAGGAACGCCUUCGUACUGCGCAAAGUAGGUAGAAAAGCUAUGCGGAUAGAAGGAGACGAGACCUUGAGUUUGAAGUUGGUGACCAUGUAUUUUUGAAGGUGUCACCCACUCGAGGUGUCCUCAGGUUUGGCAUCCGGGAAAAAUUGAGUCCGAGGUAUAUUGGACCGUAUCUUAUCUUGGAAAAGAUUGGCGAGGUAGCUUAUAAAUUGGAGUUGCCUGGAAAUUUAGCGGGUGUGCAUGAUGUGUUCCACGUGUCCUUACUUCGAAAGUAUGUUCCCGACCCGAGUCACAUCAUUAAUCCUGGACCAAUUCAACUCCGGGAGGAUCUCACUUAUGACGAGCACCCGAUCCGCAUUUUAGAUUUAAAGGAGAGAAUAAUGCGGAGAAGGACCAUUCGUUUUGUUAAGAUCCUCUGGGACAACCAUUCAGUUGAAAAAGCUACUUGGGAGUUGGAAUCCAAGAUGAGGCAGGAACAUCCGCACCUCUUCCAAGAUUGAGGGAUGAGUUUAGGGGACUAAACUCCUUUUUAGGAGGGGUGGAUGUAAUACCCCAAAAUUUUCGAGAACAAUUAAGUGUGAGUUAAGGACCUAAUUGUGAGAAAAUAAUGUUUUUAAACUUAA